AUGCGCAGCAACAACUACUCCGAGGGCUAUUCAGCUCGCGGUGGCCAGGUUCGCAGCGCCUACAACCUGACUGUCAACCCCGGCGGCAGCAGCUCGGGCAGCGCCGUGGGUGUUGGCUCGAACGCCAUCGCCUUCUCUCUUGGCACUGAGACCGAUGGCAGUGAUCGACCAGUCAUCAACCCCGCCAUGCGCAACUCACUCGUUGGCUUCAAGCCCACUGUCGGACUCACCUCUAGGGCUGGCGUCAUUCCUGAGAGCGAGCACCAGGACUCGGUCGGCACCUUCGGGCGCACCGUUCGUGAUGCUGUCUAUGCUUUUGAUGCCAUCUGGGGCAUUGACCCCCGUGACGAGUAUAGUCUCGCUCAGGAGGGCCACACGCCCGAGGGUGGCUACACUCAGUUCCUGACGACCAAGGCGAGUCUCAAGGGCGCCGUCUUCGGCAUUCCCUGGAAGAGCUUCUGGGUCUAUGCGGACGACGCCCAGAAACGCGUCCUCAACAGCUUGAUCUGCAGCCUCAAGGAUGCCGGCGCCAAAAUCGUCAACAACACGGAGAUUCUCGACUACGAGACCAUUGUCAGCCCGCACGGCUGGGACUGGGAUUACGGUUCCUUCCGCGGUUUCCCCAAUGAGUCCGAGUACACCGUCGUCAAGGUCGACUUUUACAACAACAUUAAGACGUAUUUGUCUGAACUCGAGAACACGAACAUUCGCUCCCUCGAGGAUAUUGUCCAGUACAACUAUGAUAACGACGGGUCUGAGGGUGGGAAUCCCUGGCCCCUCGGUAACCCGGGCUUCUACUCUGGCCAGGACGGCUUCCUUGCCUCGCUCGAGACCAAGGGCAUCAAGGACGAGACGUACCUCCAGGCCGUUGAGUUCACGGGCCGCUCUACUCGUGACGGCAUCAACCACGCCUUGAGCCUCGGUCCCAAGGGGACAAAGCUGAAUGGUCUUCUUGUGCCUCCUGAUGUCGGCCAGAGCUAUCAGAUCGCCGCCCAGGCCGGUUAUCCCGUCGUCACGCUUCCCGUGAGCGUGCAUGAGAGCACAGGCAUGCCCUACGGCCUUGCCAUCAUGCAGACGGCCUACGGCGAGGCUGAGCUGGUCAAGUGGGCCAGCGCCAUCGAGGACCUGCAGCUUACUUCCGGCACGCCUCUGAAGAGGUCACUGCCCAAGUGGUACGGCUACCUCGAGAGGAACAUUCCCAUCAACAACGUUUGAGGAGGUUCUCGUUGUUGUUAAAUUUGUACAUAACUAAUCUCACACUUAUAUACCUUGCCCACAUAGUAAUCCCCCUUAUCAAAGGGUGUUCAUUGG